UUCAGGUGUAGCUGAUGAGAGAAUAGGGAGGGAAAGUCUUCCACCUCAAAGACGCUCUGUGUAGUUACACUUUAAUUGACUUUUGAAAGCGACCACAGAGUCCACCGAUCUUUAGUCCAAAGGAAGAGUUCCAGAAACUGGGGAACACUGAACAGAAAGCUCCUUCAGUUUUUAACUUUGUAUGGGGGCAGCAUCAGCAGGCCCUGGCCACAGGACCUCAGGGACCUGCCAGGGAGAUAUGGCUUCAAAAGCCCUUUUUUCCUCAUAGGGGUUCUCUGUAUUCAACUGACUUCAACAUCCCGCUGUUAGUUUUAACUAUUGCUGCUAAGUUGUAUUUGAUAAAUGUGUUAAUUUUGAGACGUGCUUUAUUUAUACUUGAACAUAUUUUAUUUAGCUUCGCCAGCAGACAGCAUAGAUUUAGAUUUAGCAUAGAUAUCUACAAUAAUACCUCUAUGCGUUUACUGUAGAUAUCCACGCUUGAACCAGCCUUUACGUCAUGACGUCAGCACGUUCUCGCUCUCUCUGAAGCUCAGCGUCGCUGUUUACAUGAGAAUCUUCCCGCUUUGUGACCAAACAGCUGCAGUUUGCUUCGAUGGGCUGUUACUGAGUGUUCGGGAUGAUUAAGACAGAGAAGAUUCUGCAUCUGAAGAGCAGCCGGGGUCGGAAGGUUCGGGUGGUUCGGGAGCAUUAUCUGAGGGAGCUGGUUCCGUGUUUCAGCUCUCUGUGUCAGGCGGACUGUGCUAACGAUGGAAAGCUUCUUCCGGGAGAUUUGACCCACUACGUGGUUCCUGAUGCAGAGGUGGUGGUCAAGUACCUGGAGAUCCUGGAGUUCAGGGAGCUGCAGGGCGUCAUCUUCACCCAGACCGCCUGCCAGGCUUUACACAGUAAAGGACGCAGGUUCUACAACCGUCUUCGAAGUCUGGUCAAGGACCCGCGACACAACUGUGUCCUCUUUGCCAAUGAAUUCCAGGAAUAUUCGUACUGUCCUCGAGAGAAAGGCGAGAGCCAGGAAAAGUGGCAGACCAGGUGUGUGUAUUCUGCUGCAGUGUGGUACUACAACCACCUGGCAGGUAUGAUGAAUGUAGUGAUGAUCACAGAGGAUGAUGAUGCCGUGGCUCAGUACAGCAGCCUCAACUCUGGAGUGUUCGUCAUCACCGUCCAGGAUUAUUUGCAGAACUUCUGGCCGGAGCUGCAGGCAGCUCAUGAGCUCUACAGCUCCAUUUCUCAGGCGCUGCAAGAGAAGGAGAACGAGGAUUCCCAGAAAGAGUUUACUGAACAUCUGCCUGCUGAAGUCCUGGAGGCUGGCAUCAAGUCCGGACGCUACAUUCAGGGUACUCUGAAUGUGAGCAAGCACCGAGCCCAGAAUGAGGCUUUCAUCAUGAACGAGGGUUUGUCCAACAAGAACACAGGUGCAGGAAACCACAAUCUGAGCGAGGGAGUGUUGGUGUACGGCAGUAAGAACAGGAACAGAGCCGUGCACGGCGACACGGUGGUGGUGGAGCUGCUGCCAAAGAGCGAGUGGAGAGGGAAGGCCACGGCACUGAUCGAGGGACAGGACGAGAAGACCAGAGAGGACAGCGAGAGCAAACCCAUGCCGACAGGUAAUGUUGUUGGAAUCCUGCAGAGGAACUGGAGGGACUAUGUGGUGACUUUCCCCACCAGGGACAAGACCCAGUCCCAGACAAGGAAUUCCCAACGCAUCCUGGUGAUACCCUGGGACCGUCGCAUCCCCAAGAUCCGCAUCAGCACUCAGCAGGCAGACACUCUGCAGGACCACAGAGUGGUGGUGCGCAUUGAUUCGUGGGAGAGCAGCUCGCUCUAUCCCAAUGGACACAGCGUGCGGGUUCUGGGUCGGGCUGGAGAGCUGGAGACUGAGGUCCAGACCAUCCUCAUAGAGAACUGCAUCCAUGUGCCUCCAUUCUCUGAUGUGCAGUUGAGAGAGAUGCCGAUAAAUUCACCCGAGAGGCCGUGGAGGGUGGAUCCAGCUCAGAUGCAAGAGCGGCGAGACCUCAGAGGGACUCGCCUGGUCUUCAGCAUUGACCCACAGGGCUGUGAGGACGUGGACGACACGCUGUCAGUCCGCAGCCUCGCCGACGGGAAGCUCCUGGAGCUUGGAGUCCACAUCGCCGAUGUCACUCACUUCAUCACUGAGGGCUCGCUCACUGACUUGGAGGCGCGAUCAAGAGCCACCACCUACUACCUGGCAGACCGCAGGUACGACAUGUUACCUGCUGUCCUCAGUGCAGACCUCUGCUCGCUGCUGGGAGGAGUCGACAGGUACGCCAUGAGUGUUAUGUGGGAGCUGGAUGCUCAGACCCUCGCCGUCAACAAGGUGUGGUACGGUCGGACUCUGAUCCGCUCCUCCUACCAGCUCCACUACGAGCUGGCCCAGGCGCUCCUGAACGGAGAGGAUGCCGAGGUCCCAGAGCUGGCCCGGCUGGGCUCAGAACAGAGGGACAGGAAGCUGGCUGAGCUCAUCCAGGCGCUGGAGAUGCUGACACGUGUCGCCCGACACCUGCGAGCGCAGAGGGACCGAGGAGGAGCGCUGGAGCUGGAGGGGGUGGAGGUUCGUGCCCAGCUGGACGAGGACAGGAACAUCACAGCCCUUGUCCCCCGGCAGCCCCUGGAGGUCCAUGAGACCGUGGCAGAGUGCAUGAUCUACGCCAACCACUGGGUGGCGCGCAAAAUCCAGGAAGCCUUCCCUUAUCAGGCACUGCUACGGCGCCACCCUCCACCACGGCUGGAGCUGUUCAGCCAGCUGGUGGAUACGGCCAAGGCCCGCGGGUUCCCCAUCGACACCAGGACCAACAAAGCCUUGGCUGACUCUCUGGACCGAGCCGUGGACCAGCAGGACCCGCUGGUGAACAGGCUGCUCAGAAUGAUGGCCACCCAAGCCAUGUCCCAGGCUGUGUACUUCUCCACUGGUGCAGAGCCCGUGGACCAGUUCUACCAUUACGGUCUGGCUCUGGACUGCUACACCCACUUCACCUCCCCCAUCCGUCGCUAUGCCGACAUGGUGGUCCACCGCCUCCUCACCGCAGCCCUGCAGGUGGAGCGGGGCUCGAGUCCUGAUAGGCCACUGGCCAGUAACAGGGAAGUGGAGGAAAUGGCCCAGCACAUCAACAACAAGAACAGGGCGGCCCAACGAGCCCAGAAUAUGUCCACUGCAUUGUUUCAGUGUCUCUACUUCAAAGAAAGAGAUCCUCAGACCGACCCGCGCUGCGUGGCCGACGCCAUCAUCUACUCCAUCAGAGACAACGGCGUGUUGGUGUUUGUCUCAGAGUACGGGGUGAAGGGCCCGGUGUAUGUGAAGAACAAAGAGGGCCAGGUGGUAUCGGUGGAGCCCGACGGCAGCUGUGAGUGGCAGAGCGGCUCCGUGCGACGAUACCCGGACCACAUUACAACCACCUCCAGCUACGGGACCUCCACUUUCAGGCUGUUCGACCACAUCACCGUUCGUAUUUCUGUCCAGUUCACGGCUUGUCACGCUGCCACUCUGAACAUGGGGGUCAUCAGCAACAAGCCGCACCGCAGCGCAGAAACUCGGCAGCCUCCCUCCCAGGCCCGCAGCCAGCUGGUCCAGGAGGUGGUCCGGCUGGCUGAGGAGGCCCAAGAGAAGGCGGCCCAGAGACCCAAACUCUCCAGAGAGGAGAGGGAGUUCCGCCAGAGCAGAACUCCAAAUCUGUAUUCUCUGCUGGAGGAGGUCCGAGAGCUGGCCCUGAUGGAUCUGGAAACGGUCUCACAGAUCUGCAUGACCACAGCGUAGACUUCAGAGUCCACCCAGAGAACUGGAAACGCAAGGCUGCCGGGUUUGCUGUGUCGUGGGUUUCCUAUUUCAGACUCGGUAAAAAUGUUCAUGGAGCUGGUCCAAAGAUGAGGAGGAAAACUCCGGAGAUGAUGUUCGGUGCGUCCGCUCAUUGUCUCCUGAUUGAUGGAAAAACUCUGCAGUCAAACGGCUUCUGUGAACUUUCAUUUCCUGCGGCGACAUUAUAACAGAGCUUCCCAAACUUCUGACAUCACAACUGAAAACUGGCUGAAAUAUGAUGACGUUCAACACGAAGCACAGAGUUUCACGAGCUUUCCUGACUGAGGACAUUCUUCAG